CGGUGUUGCUAAAGUUCCCUUGUUGAGUGUAAGGACAGAGCUCCUAUUGUUCCCAACACACUCCUACCUAAUAUGGAAUUCGCAAGGAAACCCAUGAUUUCCUGACACAGACACAGCGAACCCGCGAGGAGAAGGACCUGAAAGCGCGAAUCUGAAGGAUUUUGAGAAGAGAGGCAAAAACCGCUCAAAAUGUUCGUGUAGUCAGAGUUGGGAUCUGUAUCGCGACCGGAUGGUGUCUGCGCGGCUGACCAACUGAUUUUGUGAAUUCGCCACCUCCUGCCCCGUGAAGUCGCGGUAGCACUACGGAGGUGUGGACCAACAACUUGAGUCCUCUUAUUCUACAAGGGUGUGGCAUAAACACAGCGACCUGUUAUCACGUUGCUCGUGUAACAAUAGGGGACCCUUAAAAGCAAAAAGGCAAAGUUUUUUAUGAUCCGUUUGCGCAAGGGAUUCUGUGCAGCGUGUCCACUGAAUAGACAACUUGCGGUGAAAGCAGACAGUGUGUGGAUUUUACGUCUGCCAUGCCUGCCCGCCGGACUAAGCAAAAUGCCAUUGCCCUGAGUGAAGAUGGGAGUAAUAAUGACAGUAUAGGGCACACUGUGAAAAAGAUGUUAAAGUGCGUGGUGGUCGGCGACGGUGCCGUGGGGAAAACCUGUUUGCUGAUGAGCUACGCUAACGAUGCUUUCCCAGAGGAAUAUGUGCCAACCGUAUUCGAUCAUUACGCAGUGAAUGUGACUGUAUCUGGGAGGCAACAUCUGCUGGGACUGUAUGACACUGCAGGACAGGAGGACUACAAUCAGCUGAGGCCACUCUCCUAUCCAAACACAGACGUUUUCCUCAUCUGUUUUUCUGUGGUCAACCCAGCGUCCUACCACAACGUCCAGGAGGAGUGGGUACAAGAACUCAAGUCCUGCAUGCCCCACAUCCCCUACAUCCUCAUCGGUACACAGAUCGAUCUGCGAGAUGACCCCAAAACACUGUCACGGCUACUUCACAUGAAGGAAAAGCCAUUGACUUACGAGCAGGGCCUCAAACUAGCCAGAGAGAUCGGAGCCCAGUGUUACCUGGAGUGCUCGGCGUUGACUCAGAAGGGCCUGAAGGCGGUGUUUGACGAGGCCAUCCUGACCAUCUUCAGCCCCAAGAAGAAGAAGACGGGAUGCUUGCCCUGCAGGAGCUGCUGCACUAUCGUAUGAGGCCUCGGGGAGCUCGUCUCCUUUAACCUCCUCCUCCACCACCACCACCACCUACACCACCUAGACCUCCUCCCACCCACACCUCCAAAACCUAAAAGAGGCUGCUGCCCGGGGCUUUCACUCUGUCUGCAGCACCUCACUCACUCUCAGUCUCUCUUCCUAUCUAUCACUCUCCCUC